AUGAAAAGUCCAUUUUCACUCAAAAUUUCGGCUCUAAAAUAUGAGAAUCUUAUUACUGUUCUUAGCAUUGACGGAGGUGAUUACUUGGAUGUAAUUGCUGGUACAAGUACAGGGGGUCUCGUUACUUCCAUGUUAGCAGCUCCACAUCCACAGGCCAAUAAUCGCCCUUUAUUUGCUGCCAAAGAAAUUGUGCCAUUUUACCUCCAAAAUUCUCCACAAAUUUUCCCCCAGAGAAGGGGAAUAUUCGCUCCGCUGGUGAACAUAGGGAAAGCAUUGACAGGACCCAAGUACGAUGUGGCCAACCGAAGCAACCUUAGACGUAGCAUGUCAGAUAUUUGCAUAACCACUUCGGCUGCUCCAACUUUUUUACCGGCUCAUUAUUUUACAAAAGAAGAUGAACAAGGCAAAGUGAUAAAAGAAUUCAAAACCUCAUUGACGGUGGUGUGGCUGCAAAUAAUCCGUUUGGUUGCAAUUAGAGAAGUGAUGAAGCAAAUAAUAAGGAAGCCAGACGAAAUAGCUAUUAACCCUUUGGACUAUGAUCGGUUUCUUGUUCUCUCGUUAGGGACUGGAUCGAACAAAACGCCCAUUGUAGAUUGUUUUAGCGAAGCAAGCAAUGAUAUGGUUGACUAUCACAACUGUGUGGUUUUUAGUGCGCUUCAAUCCGAAGACAACUACCUCCGGAUUCAAGACAAUACAUUGAAGGGGGAUUUGGCAUCUGUGGAUAUAGCUACGAAAGAGAAUUUGGAUAAUUUGGUCAACGUGGGGGAGCAGCUAUUGAAGAAAACAGUGACGCGAGUGAAUCUUGAUACAGGUCUUUAUGAACCAGUUCCUGACAAGGCACCAAUGAGGAAGCACUCAAAAGGUUUGCAACAUCACUCUGGGAGGCAAGAAAGGGGAGAAAGUCCAACUCUGUAG